AUGGGGAUUUCUCGAAGAACUUUUGAUAAAAUGCCUAGAAAAGAUACAGUAGCUCGGAACACCAUGAUCUUGGCAAAUUCAAUGCAUGGACAUGGUGUCGAGGCUCUGUCACUUUUUCGUGGAAUGAUAGGUUCAGGCAUUAGGCCUAAUUCUGUCACCUUCACGGGUGUUCUUUCAGGUUGUAGUCACCCACGGCUUGUCGAUGAAGGUCACGCUAUCUUUAAUUCGAUGAGUAGGGACCAUGGGGAUGAACCCGAUGAAGAUCACUACUCUUACAUGGUUGAUGUGUUUAGCCGGGCAGGCCGCCUCGAAGAGGCAUAUGGUUUUAUCCAAAAGAUGCCACUCGAACCUACUACUAGAGCUUGGGGAGCUUUGCUCGGUGCUUGUAGAGUAUAUAAGAACGUCGAGCUAGGAGCAAUUGCAGCAAAACUUCUGUUCGAUAUUGAGCCAGACAACCCAGGGAACUACAUACUGUUAUCGAACAUUUUAGUGGUGGCCAAAUUGCGAGAUGAUGCGUCAAUGGUUAGGAAAUUGAUGAGAGAUCGAGGCGAUAAGAGAAGUGUCUGGAGCGAUGAAAUCUAUGGUUUUCUUGAUGAGUUGGGUGAGAAGAUGAGUCUCAUGGGUUAUGUGCCCAACACUAGUUUUGCUUUGCAUGAAGUUGAUGAAGAGGAGAAAGAAGAGGGUUUGAGCAGCCACGGUGAGAGGCUUGCGGUUGCUUUUGGAAUCCUUAACUCGAAUGGGGGAUCGACAAUUCGGAAGAAGAUACCUGAAGAAAAGAGAAAAGGCUUUUUCAAGAGCUUUCGGGGGUUGAAGCAAGGGGAUCUGCUCUCAUCUUUUUUGUUUGUGAUUGUUGUUGAGGCGUAUGAUUGA